AUGCCCAUCCCUACGCGUUCGCUUUCACUCCGUGAGCCCCGUAAGCAGCCGUCAACUCUCGGACGCACAAGCUCAACCAGGACCGUUUCGACCUCCAUCUCCUCCGGACCCUCGAAUCCUCCCUCCUCGUCUGGGAGCGACAAUGGCACCAAGACCAAGAGCCUUUUGCCCGUUCGUGACGAGGGCCGCUCCACGGCGUCACCGGGACGCAUCCCAAAACCGCAAGACAGUCGACUGCCUGAGCGGGGAACCAGGCUCGUUCAGAAGCCGACACAGCGGGACCCGCGACCGGUCGAGCCGACCGGUCUCACUCGACGCCAAAGCUUGAUUCGACCCAGUCCGCUCAAACCGACCUCGUCUGUUCGCACUCCUUCGGUCUCUACCGGCUCAACAACUCCCUUGACCACCCCGAAACUGACUACAUUCGCGCAAGGCCCGCCCUCGCCGUCCAAAUCGGACGUCUCCUCCAGCCAGAAUGGCCGCACAGUGUCGCCGAAGAAGACGAGCAUGGCUCCUCCGCCACGACCGGUUCGAUCAGCAUCGUUGAGGCAGCCGGCGAGCUCCAGUGCCGGGACCGGGUCUCCGGCGACCGCCAGAGGGCAUAUUCGACAUCGUAGUCAGGUCACAACGGUGCCCAGUCAGGUUUCCAAAAAACUGGAGCCGCCUUCGCCGUCGACAACUACACCACGGUCUCGUGCCGGGUUUACAACCUACCAACAGCAGGUCUCGCCAAGGAAGGUCAGUGACAAGCUCGCCGUCGCGCAGUCCUCCGGUGGCUCUACGGAGUCUGACCCUGCUUUGAUUUCGGCAUCUUGGCCGGAGAUUGCAUCACUCCAAACCGAGCUACUACAACUCAGUCUUCUACACCGGUCUUCCCUCCAACAGAAUGUGCAGUGGAGAACCCAGGCCGAGGCGCAGCUACGGUCGAAAUACGAUUCGGUCGCGGGACGAUACCGGACCAUGAUCGUCGAAGAGAAGGAGCACCAACGGCGGCUAAACGGGCUGGCCUUGAGCGGGUGGCUCAAAAAUACGCGGGAGCAUAACGGGCAACAGGGGUUUGGGGAACAAAUCCGCAUCCUGUCUCAGGUUACGCAGGAAGUCUGUGAUUUAAAUGAUAGCUUGGCGGGCCGAUACACAUUGGCCGUGCAGGGAUUCGAAGACUGGUUCUACAAGGCGAGAGAAAUCAAGAAUUACCGGCUGGAGCAGGGAGGGGGUGUUGGCCACGUCGUGUUCAUCGACCCCAUCGACCCAGCGUGGAAGGAGGAGGCGUAUGCCAUGACCAUGCAGUUGGAACUCUGCGCGAGACAGCUAGAGAGUCUCGACAUUCUGGGCUACGGGGAGGUAGAGCGGCUGGACAAUUCCGCCCUCCUGCGAAUGACCCGGGGCCUGGAUGAGAUGGUCAAAUUGAUGGUGGACGAACUGAACGCCAUCCGUAAGAUCGAGGCCGAUAUCACCAGAUCAGAGCGACAGUGGGUUAGUCAGCUCACGCGGCAGUUCAUGGCACGACGAUCCCAGGAGACAAGAUCCUCGGAAUUGGGAAUGUGGAGACAGACGUCGCUGAAGUCCUAG